GCUCUGUGGCGCUUUGUUUUUAGCUGUUCUCUGACAAAGGGCUUGAUCUGUGCAGCACAUCUCGUCCUCUUUGUUCAGCCUCUGGCUUCAACCACUGAAUCACAAAUACUCUCCAGCUGGGAGUCAGACAAGGGCAGAGAUGAAGAACCCAGAAGCCCAACAGGAUGUUUCGGUUUCCCAGGGAAUUCGCAUGAUGUUUUACGUGAUGAAACCCAAUGAAACGUCAUUUGAAACCCUGGAAGAGGUGCCUGAUUAUGUACAAAAGGCAACUCCAUUUUUCAUUUCCUUGAUGCUGCUUGAACUGGUUGUCAGCUGGAUUCGCAAAGGGAAGCCAUCGGGUCCUUUGGAUGAUGCCCUAACAUCGAUAUCAGCCGGUGUUCUGUCUCGGCUUCCGAGUUGGUUUUCCAGGAGCAUUGAACUGACCAGUUACAUUUAUAUCUGGGAGAACUACAGGCUUAUCAGUUUGCCUUGGGAUUCUCCAUGGACUUGGUAUUUAACUUUCUUGGGAGUUGACUUUGGUUACUACUGGUUUCAUCGUAUGGCUCAUGAGGUUAAUAUUAUGUGGGCUGCACACCAAACACACCACAGUUCAGAAGACUAUAACUUAUCCACAGCGCUGAGACAAUCUGUCUUCCAACUGUACACUUCUUGGAUAUUCUACUCCCCACUGGCCCUCUUCAUACCACCUUCAGUCUAUGCUGUUCAUCUUCAGUUCAAUCUCCUCUACCAGUUUUGGAUCCACACAAAGGUCAUCGAUAACCUUGGUCCUUUGGAACUGAUUCUUAAUACUCCUAGCCAUCAUAGGGUUCAUCAUGGCAGAAAUCGUUAUUGCAUAGACAAAAAUUUUGCCGGAGCUCUUAUUAUAUGGGAUAGAAUUUUUGGAACAUUUGAGGCAGAAAAGGAAAAAGUUGUAUAUGGUCUAACACAUCCCAUUAAUUCAUUUGAACCUUUCAAGGUGCAGUUCCACCAUUUACUUACCAUAUGGACUACAUUCUGGGCCACACCUGGAUUCUUUAAUAAGUUUUCUGUCAUAUUUAAAGGACCAGGAUGGGGUCCAGGUAAACCAAGACUUGGACUGAAUGAAGAAAUUCCAGAGGUCAAGGGGGAAGACGUUCCCUUCUCAUCAACAGCAUCUCGGCUAUUAAAGACAUAUGCAGUUGUACAGUUUGCUCUGAUACUAACAUUUUAUGAAGAGACCUAUACAGAUAAAGCUGUACUCUCACAGGUCACUCUCCUUCUGAGGGCUUGCUUCAUUAUCCUGACCUUGACCUCCAUUGGAUUUCUUCUGGAUCAAAGACCUAAGGCAGCUGUUCUGGAAACUUUCCGUUGCUUGGUGUUCCUAAUGCUGUGUAGAUUGGGUCAUCUGAAGUCUUUCAUCCCUUCUUUGUCAUUUGCUUUUGAGGUUUUUUUUUCCAUCUGCAUUGCUUUCUGGGGAGUAAGAAGCAUGAAACAACUUGUCUCAGACCCUGGGAAAUGACUAAACGUUUGUACACAACUCUCUUGUUUUAAUCAUUUGUCCACAACCAUAAUAUAUUACUACUGCCUAUGGAAGUAUAAUUAUCUUA